UCGCGACUGGCAUUUAAUCCCCGUAAUAAUUCAGAAUCCUGCACUCGCUUCUCCACGAUCGUUUCGCGUACAGUUUUCAAUUCCAAUAUUCAAUUGCCACUCGGCGCAUCGCCCACAGCCUUUACGGUACACAUACACAAGAAACAUUCCAAUCAGCUAAUUACGCUAUUUUCUUGACCAUCGCCGUCCCCGAAUCUUCAUCCCCACUGUAGCCACAAUGAAGCUCUCCGUUGGAGCCAUCGUUGCCUUCGCGGCCGCUGUGCUCGCCAAGCCGAUGUUCCUCAACUCCGCCUACAACCUCCAGGAGGAUGUGCCCUUCACCUUGAAGUGGGGCGACGCUGAGGGCCCGGUCACGAUCACCCUCAUGACUGGCAACGACCCCAACAACCUGCAGAAGGUUACCGACAUUGCCUCUGGCCAGACGGGGACGGAGUUUACUUGGGUUCCCAAGGACCUGCCCUCGGGCACGUACGCCUUCCGGAUCACGGAUUCGACUGGCGAGGUCAACUACAGCCCCAGCUUCGACUACAGUGGCACCGGCUCCCUGCCCACGACGACGGGCUCGACGAGCGUCCCGAGCACUAGCACCUCGGCCUCGAGCACUUCUCCUAGCAGCACCAGUGAGAAGUCGAGUACUAGCACUACCUCGAGCUCCACGAGCGCGUCGACCACCUCCUCCACCACCACCACUUCGUCCAGUUCCACCCUCUCCACCAGCACCACCCCCACGACCACCCGCCAGGCCAGCACAACGACCGCCCCGCCCAACUCCAACAACGGCCAGCGCUUCGCCUCGCCGCUGGCGCUCGUCCUGCUCACCGUCGCCGCCCUCGUCUUCUUUAACUAAGAAGCUCUCGGGUGAUGGUCCGGCGUUGAAGGGUUGGGGAUCCUACAUUUCUUUUAUUGCUUUUGUCUUCUCGUACAUAAGUUAUUCUUGAGAAGGAUGCUGUGCUUGGGUGCCAGGAUCGGUUUGCGUAGUCGGCGGGUCGGUCGUGGCAGCUAGGCCAGGAUCUGGGGCAUCGGGCAGGGAAGUGGAUAGUGAACGAGGGAAGGCGAAUCUGGGAGCAUGCGUAUGCCGCUGCUGCGAGUUCAUGGGUUCCGUCAUGUCCCGUGGGGCUGAGACGUAUGCGUUCAUGCGUGCCUCUGCCCCACACGACCGUUGUUGUUGAUAAUGGUUUGCUGUACCACCGGCCACGGUUUGGAGUUUGGUUAGGGCAGUGCCGACGGCGUGUCGCUCGCAUGCCUGAUGCCUGUUCCGGGAAUUAAUACUUUGUUAUUGUACAUACAAUUCCGUGCGUGCCGUC